UCUCAAACUUUAUCAUUAGAUGGUGCUUUCAGUUACCAUUCUUUCUCCAAUAAACUACCAGAGUAACAAAAGUUGAGCAAAUAUGGGACUACCACAUGCUAACAAAAUGAGAAAACCCUCACCGGAGCAAGGCGGGCACCGUCCAGUGGAGUGGAGGCGGUAUAGAGGGGUGAGGCGGCGGCCUUGGGGCCGAUUCGCAGCGGAGGUAACUGACCCGGAGAAGAAACGAAAGAGAAUAUGGUUGGGAACAUAUGAUACACCGGAGGAAGCAGCAUUAGCUUAUGAUAAAGCAGCUUUCAAACUACUAGGUUCACGAGCCAAGGUGAACUUCCCUCUCUUAAUCGGCAUAGAUGAUUCACUGGCUGUUGUGACUGUUAGGCAGUUAGCUCAAUCCUCCAGCAAGACAAGAAGGAAUAAGGUGGUGGAGCCACCAACUAACACCACCAUAAGGAAGGAGGAUGAGUCAGAAACAACAGGUUACACCACCACUUUUCGGAUAAAUAAUGGUUCCAUAGAGGGUACUAGUGAUCAAUGGUUCAUACCCACAUCACUGCCAUCACUAGAAUCACCAACAACUACCCAAGAAUGCGAUGACACAACAGUGGAGUUGCGUGUUAAUCACGACUUGAUUAUGGAUUUCCAAAUGGGUACCGAUCUUGAUGAGUUGUGUAACUUCGAUGCAACGACACCUGAUGAUUUUCUAUUGCCUUAGAUGUAUAUUAUUGUCAUAUCAUGGUUUAUUUAUUUUAUUAUGUAUUGUUUGAACCCCUCAUAAUCAUCCUUUUGACUCUUUAUAAUGAUCUCUCGUACCUUAUCUCAAUGAUCAUUGAUCCAUGUAAAAAAACAAUAUAUGUAUGGGAUGAACUUUUGGUGUA